AUGUCUAUACCUGGCUUGGGGCAGAUUGCUCCUACGGCCGUCCAAACGACAACAUCCGCCGCCGUAUCGCCGACGACGACCCAAUCCCUCGAGCCCUUCUGGGAGUACCGCUUCGAGGUGGCGCAUGGCUCGACACUGAACAUCAAGCUCGUCUCAGGCACGGCGGAGAAGGAUGGCACCGAGCUUGCGCCAAGCACGCCCUAUGCCUUUACCGCAACCAAGACGAGGAUCAACACCUGGCACGGCUGCACGCUCGAGAUAUCCUCCGAACCCGGCGCCGUCUACGAUGCCUACACUUCUGAACCCACCGCCGACGAGACCCCGAUGGUGAGCUACGUGAACCUACACUUCAAGCUCGAUGGCCUGCGCGCAACGGCCGAGAGGACAGGCCAGAUGGGACCGCGCGUGCUGGUCAUCGGACCGCCAAACUCCGGCAAGACGAGCCUCGUGCGCAUGCUGACAGGCUGGGCGACGCGCGUGGGCCGCCAACCUCUAGUUGUCAACGCCGAUUGCCGAGAGGGCAUGCUGGCGCUGCCCGGGACACUGAGCGCGGCCGUGUUCGCGACUAUCAUAGAUCCCACCUCCGAGUGGGGCAGCACACCCAGCAGUGGACCCAGUCCGGUUCCCGUCAAGCUGCCGCUGGCCUACUACUACGGAAUGGCUUCGCCCGACGACAAUCCGCGAUUCUUUAAGCGCCUGUUAAGCCGGCUGGCUGUGGCGAGCACGUCUCGCCUUACUGAGGACCCGGGGGUCAAGACGUCCGGUAUGCUGAUCGAUAGCGGAGGUGUAAAUGCGAAGGGCGGUUAUGAUCACAUCGCGCAUAUUGUCGCCGAGUUUUCCGUCAAUAUUGUGCUGGUGGUCGGUUCAGAACGCGUGGGUAGCGAGAUGCAGAAGAGAUUUGCAGGACAGCAGACGAGUUUGGGCGAGACGAUCACGGUGGUAGGCUUGGACAAGUCUGGAGGGGUAGUGGAGAGAGAUGCAGGGUUCAUGCAGCAGGUCCGCGAGGCAGCGAUCCGGGAAUACUUCUUCGGCAGCUCCAAGACUACGCUCAGCCCGUUCACACAGCAGAUGGACUUUGCGGCCUUGUCUAUGUGGAAAGUCAACCAAGCACCAACGGCCUCCGACGAGGACUCGUACAGCGAGGCGAUCGAGAAGGCGGAACCAUCGCUGAUGAUGCAGAACUGCACGCUGGCCGUCAUGUACGCCACGGUCCAUGAUACCGCUGAGACUAUCCGCGACUCUAAUGUCAUGGGCUUUGUGUACGUGGCCGAAGUCGACGAGAAGCGCCGGAAGCUCAAGGUCCUCGCGCCCGUCAGCGCCCGGCUGGGUGAUCGACCUCUCUUAUGGGGCAGCUGGCCGGAACCAAUGGUUAGCUUGGUUGGUUGA